AUGAGUACCACUCAGUUCUCAAGGAGAAGCAUCAUUGCACAGAGGAUCGAUGUUGGUUCAGUAGCCCCACAGAGCAGUAGAGUUCUGGAAUGGCUAGAGUCAUUGGACGAAAUGAAGAAUAGAGCGUCGACGGAACCUCCAUCCAAAAGUAAGGCAGUGCCCUCCAGUAUUGAAGUAUCUCCAUGGCUACAAGCUCUUGCCGAGAUGUCCGUACUCAUUGGGCGGAUUGACGGAGAGCAACAUGUCAUGGUCACCCCGGCGCUACCUCAGACUGUAAUUGACUUGUGUAAAGCUGGAAAGGAAUGCACCCUCAAAGACCUGCAAGAUUCUUUAGGUAUGGUCCAUGAUCUGACUCCCAGAUGGCCGUUUGUGCGUAAGCAGAUUAAAGCAAGUUUUGUUGACCCUGAAGGUAAUGUUGAGGAAGAUUACCAGAUUGUGGAGAUUGAGGGGAAGGCUGUUGUCCUUGAGAAAGACCAGCGGUCAGAGAUGGACCCAGACAACUCGGGAGAUGAUGCGGAAAUGGAGGAAAGUCAGAUUCCUGACGGUUCAAUCACCCAAGAAUUGCAUGAGUUAAAUGGGCACCUACUUAUCAGAUUUGAUGAUAGCAUCGACUUCAGACUCCCCCAAGUAACACUAUGGACCAAGCUCAGUCCUCUUCAUCCGUAUUGUGCAGCGGUAGAAUGUGAGGUGCGCAACUUGGAGACGGUACUUACACAACUUCAGAAAGGAGAACUGGGUGACGUCCAAAUGGAAUACAUGACACAUUGGCUACUUUGUUACACCACUCACAUUGCAAGCUUAGUUGAUAUCUUCAAAGACUGGGGCAAGGAAAUGCUGGAGGAAAUUGCAGACGAGGAAAAGAGAUGGUGGAUAACAUGUUUCCCGGAAGACCAAACCCAGCACCAUAUCAAAGUCAACAGCUUCAAGGGAUUGUUGGAUAAUGAAUAUGGUAUCCCAUUCACUCCAGCUGACAACCCAACAGAGAAGGUUGAUCUGACCCUGACAACUGAAGAGAGCAAGGCAGCCGGCAAGCAAGAACGAGAGUUAAACUUUAUAGAACUAUGUACAGAAGCAUGUGUCGAGGAUCCAGCCCUAGCAACGUGGGACUACAUACUCUCUAGAUUGCAAGGGAUUGCCUCAUCUGAUGCAGAUCCUUCCAAGCUGUCAUCUCAAAGCCAAGGGAUGUCAGAAACCGAAGAUCCAUAG